GAGGAGGACAGCACAGGGCGCGCGGACGGGCGGGGGAAAGCGCCGUCGGGCGGCCGGUGGCUUCGCGGCAGGCGGGGCCCAGGGAGAGGACCUGGACCUCAGGCUGACCGGCGGUGCCCGGCGUCCAGCUGAUCCGGGCGGGGUGGCCUCCGCCAGGAGAGUCUGCGCUGCACGACGCGGGGCGGCAGCGCUCGGGGCAGGGGGCGGCGGGACACGCGACGCCCGCCUCGGGGGCCCGUCCGCCCCUUCACGCUCCCGCAGGCGCCGCUCCAAGGUCAGGGUCACCUCGGGCCUGCCGGCAACCCCGUCACCUUGACGACCGAGCCCGGAAACCCGGAAAGGACGGAAGCGGCUCCCCCGUCGGAGUCUCGCGAGAUCUCCCGGCGCCGCCGCCGCCGCCGGGCUGGCGUGCCGGGGAGCGGCGGGCGGCUCUCGCGAGAUCUGCGUGGCGUCGGAGCGCGGGGCCCCGGCCGUCAAGGGAAGCGGGAGCCGCGGGUGGGGAACAUGUCGGAGUCGGAGCUCGGCAGGAAGUGGGACCGGUGCAUGGCGGAUGCGGUGGUGAAGAUCGGUACUGGCUUUGGAUUAGGACUUAUUUUCUCACUUACCUUCUUUAAAAGAAGAAUGUGGCCGCUAGCCUUCGGUUCUGGCAUGGGAUUGGGAAUGGCCUACUCCAACUGUCAGCACGAUUUCCAGUCUCCAUAUCUUGUACAUGGAAAAUAUGUCAAAGAGCAGGAGCAGUGACUGCGCCGAGAGCAUCCCCGCAGGAGGAGCGCGAGACCCUGUUUACUCCUCAGGAAUACUGAAGUGCCCUGGAGUAAGCGGACAUUCUCUGGAACAAUGUUAUUGGUGAUGCUUUAAACUCCGGCACACUGUUUAUGUAUUUGAAACCGAGUCUGUUUCUUGUUUUGUAUUUUCUCUCUGGAAAUGGCAAGGAGGUGGUCUUAAAAAAAAUAAAUUAAAAAUAGGCAGCCUUG